CUGCGCCAUCUUGUCGGUUCUCUCCCCGAUUCAGGUCACUUCAGUUCGGUUCAAAUCGCGGGGAGCAGCACAGUCAGCUCGUGAGGCAUGCAGCGCGACAAGGACGCUCUACGCGAUUUUUGUCCUGGUAUCAUGGCAUUCUUUUCAGGCGCUGCUAAAAACCACGAGGAAAAGAAAAUUCAGCAAGAGGACAGCAGGAGGGCUGGGCGGCCGGCUGGGGUCGAAGUCGAACAGCAGCAAGCGGGUUGAAUGUUGAAUGAACGAGCCAGACAGCCAGCAGGAGGAUCGGGGCUGUCACGUGGCUUCCCUUUCUGCCGUCCGCUUGCAUACAUACACGAUGACAGAAACCAGGAUUGCAGUUUGCAAGGCCCAAGGCGGUUGCCCCACAUGUCCCCUGCGACCAUCUCCUUUGUUAAUACUUGUAUUAGCAUUAUUGUUAAGGGUAAGUACAGCGUUGCUUUUAGUAUCGUUAGCACUCUUAUCUGUACCAUCUACACUGAUCUGCAGCCCUGCAGGAUUAGUUUUUUUAGGGUAGGGCUUGUAUUCAUGUGACGUGGCUGCUACAACGUUGCAUUCAGGACCUUGCUUGUAUUCUGACUUCUGUUACCGGGGGAAAAAGGGAUCACCUAUUCUCAUAUCCACAAUUUUUCAGUGUUGCAAAAAGAAACAAGAGCAGAAAAUGCUGUGACCGCAGAAUGUACUGUAGUGCAGUGGAAGAGAGGGGAUGUUUCCAGUGACGCCAGUAAUGCACCUCACGGGUGGCGUUCACGGCCUCGCGGACAAAAAACCGGCGGCCCCUGUGGUCAUCAAAUCCCAUGGCGCUGGUACUCCUCUCCCAGACUCCCACACCACAUAGGUGCGCUGUGGGCUGUGGCGCGGUGCGCCGGGGGCGUCAGACACCUUCCACCUCAAGCCUCCUCCAAUUCAGCAGCCGCUGGCCGCUGCGCCCUCCCCUGCCUGCGAGCUCAAAAGUCAGAGUCGCACGCAAGAAGCACCCGGGGCUGCCGCCAAACGCUGCAAUUUACCUACCCACAGCCCAAGCAGCAUCCGGUAUCAUAUCACACGCCCAUCCGCUGCCAAGCUUGAGGGGUGCGGGAAGGAUCGGAGAAUGGCUGCGCAGACGGUGCAAUGCAGGGUGAGCGGUGGGGAUGGUGGUGGCGGUGGCGGUGGCAUGAGGACGGUGGAGUGCCUGAGGGGGAGGCUUCUUGCAGAGAGGGUGGCAUCCAAGGCUGCAAAGGAGGAGGCCGACCAACUGUCCAAAAGGCUGGACGAGCUAGAGAAGAAGCUCGCCGACGAGGUCAAGGUGAGGAACAAGGCGGAGAGGAGGCUGAGGAGGGCCAUCAAGAAGCUGGAAUCCCUCAAGAUUCUGGACGUCGAGCUCUCGGACGGCUCCAUUGGGUCGCUCUCCUCCAAUGGCCGCUCCGGUCACCAGGCGCCGGAGGUGGAGGAAAGGAACGGCCCUGGCUCGUUGACCACUGAUGGUUCUGUGCCAUCCGCUCCUUCCGGAGACGCUGACGCCGACACCGACGGGAACAUCGCCAGGGAAUCAUCGGAGGGAUCAUGCACUCAGGUGAAUUCGUCCUCCCAGGACGGGAGCUGGUGCUCCGUUGUGUCAGAGCAAUCCCGGCCUGGUUCUUGCGUGGAUCUUGCUGGAAGCACCACCCACUGCAGCUCAGAGGGGAGUGGUGGUGACAAUGAUUCAGAGAGGCAACAACACCUUGAUGCAUCCAGUGGCUGUGGCUCAGCGAAAUCCGAAGAAGCGUUCUACGAAAGCGACGACAGGCUAGCGCUCGUGCUGGUAGACCCCCACCUCGUUGCAGCAGCAGCAGACGACGGUCCAAGAGCGCAGGACAACGAGACGCGGGCAGGAGAGGUCCGUGCCAGCAGUCACGAGGAAGAAGAGGAGGCCAACAAGCUCGCGAUCGUUCUAGCCGACCCCCAGCCUCAACCGGCCGCGGCCGCCGCCCAAACGGGGCCGCCAAAGCCGCACGGCGACGUGGAGUCCGUCCUCCUGGCGCUGCGGCGGGUGAAGGAGCAGCUGCGCUACACCAUCGAGCAGCGGUCGCAGCUCGUCGUCGCCCACCAGGAACUCUACGGCCACUGAGGCCGGCCACCGGGCGCGCUGCACUACGAAACCUUGUGAUUCGCCCCCUUCUACGGUGUCGAACAUUCACUUGUCUGCCUGCGUGAAUAUUCGUACCGCUGUUUAGGGUGCAUCUCUUCAUUUUCAGCCGCAGUGAUUCUUAUACGUAGCAGUUUAGAGGGGCACCUGUAGAGAACGGAAUAAGACGGCUCAUGUGGAGUCACUAUUUAACUUUAUUUGCUUCUGUUGACUGAUGAGUAUAUCGCAGAGAAUGUGAUACGGUUGUCAGAGGAAAUGACAACGGCAUUUUGCUGGAUCUA